AUGAUAUUUGUAGACGAUGUAGUCCUGAUAGACACCACUAGGGAUGGAGUUGAACAGAAGCUGGAGAGAUGGAGAAGGGAGAUGGAGGACAGAGGGCUUAAGAUUAAUCGAAGGAAAACGGAGUAUGUGGUUCUAAAUCUGGAGGAUGCAGGUGAGGAUGUCCAGCUGCUAGACGAAUUAUUGAAUUGGACCAAUACCUCCAAAUACUUACGCUCCCAUGUGUCAUCAGAUGGGGCGCUGGAUCAAGAAAUAAGUCACAGGAUACAGUCAGACUGGAGAAACUGGAAGAAAGUGUCAGGAGUUUUGAGUGAUAAGAAAAUGAGUAUGAGAAUGGAGGGAAAAUUAUUCAGAAUUUCUCAGAAUCCUGUCACUGGGAGUAGGGACAACAGCGAGCCGAGUCUUCUUGGAGCAGAGUCUGGAGAUUGGCUGGUGCUACGUGAUUCCUUGCUGGAGAGUCUAAGAUACAGGGAAAAAGACACAUGA